CCCUGGGAGCCCGGCUGCCCUUGGGGGAGGCCUCUGAGCUGUGUGUGCCCUGCAACUCCGCCAGCUUUCGGGGCGACAGUAGAGGGGCCCUGCGCCCCCCGCGUGGUUCGCACUAAGCCCGGCAGGAGGGAGCGUCUCAGCGGAGGAGUGAGGAGGACGGGAGGGAGAGGCACGCUAGAGCCUCGGUCCCGGGCGCCCUUGUCGGCCGCGGAGGAACUGCAGCUUCCAACAGGAAGCAUCUCUGACAUGCUAUCUACCCUGCUUGGUGUCUGAGGCUCCUGCAUCCCAGCUCACCCAGGAAGCACAGGUGGGCUCAUUUCCCAAAGGCAGACCAGCCAGGAGUGCUGAAUGCGAAAUCAGACACGGGCUAGGGAGCACUAACCAAAGCCUGCAGGAUGGACUUCGUCAUGAAGCAAGCCCUCGGAGGGGCCACCAAGGACAUGGGGAAGAUGCUGGGGGGAGAGGAGGAGAAGGACCCAGACGCACAGAAGAAGGAAGAGGAGCGGCAGGAGGCCCUGAGACAGCAGGAGGAAGAGCGCAAGGCCAAACACGCCCGCAUGGAAGCGGAGCGCGAGAAAGUCCGGCAGCAGAUCCGAGACAAGUACGGGCUGAAGAAGAAAGAAGAGAAAGAGGCAGAGGAGAAGGCAGCCCUGGAACAACCCUGUGAGGGAAGCCUGACCCGACCCAAGAAGGCCAUCCCUGCAGGCUGUGGGGACGAGGAGGAGGAGGAAGAGGAGAGCAUCCUGGACACAGUGCUCAAAUAUCUGCCGGGGCCACUGCAGGACAUGUUCAAGAAGUAACCCGUCCUCCUCCAGCCCCUUCCAUGUUAUGACUUUUUUUUUUUUUUUUUUUUUUUUUUUUUUGGUGUUUAGUCUUUUUUUUUUUUUUUUUUUUUAGUCUUUUUUUUUUCUCUCUCUCUCUCUCUUUUUAUUCAGUUAAGUCUCAGUUCCAAAGGAGAAAACCUCAGUUGGCCUCUGCCCCCUUUCCCUAGUCAGGGACUCCUCCCCUCUGCAAUCCUUUACAAACCCUUCAUCCUAGGGUUUCUAGUCCUGUUUCACUCCCAAGUAGCUUGAAAAAAAAAAAAAGAAGAAGAAGAAGACAGCUUUACUCCAGCAGGGGGGGGGCAUCGAACCCAGAGCCAAAGGCACUGGGUGUCCCUCCAGAAGCCCAUGGUCUAUGUUAGUGUGGUAAACUCCCCCCCAUACAUUCCUUCAUGCUCCCCACUGCCAGGAGGACCACUGUCCCCAGCCAGCCAAAGUAAUGACACAUUCCAGCCCUGCCCAGCAUGCUGACCUUUGGCCUCUGAACCCCCAGUGGGAGUCCAGGUCAGGGCAGAGGCCCCAGUGGUCUGGCUCCACGAAGGCUAUUCAGAGUAAGCCUGUCCUGGAGAGCCUAGCUCUGAGAGGCUCUAGCUGGGUCUGGCCAGGUUAGAACCUGGGCAGGAGGCUUGGGAUGCCCUCUUUCCUCUUCCUGAUGCCGCUGGCCAGGAGCACACCUCUCCCCAACCCAACCUAAAGAAGCAUGGCCCCUGCCAAGCUGCCCCCUCCAAAUGGAUCCUCUUUGGACUUUAGCACAUCUAUGGAGGAGCCCAGGGCUGGGCAACCCCUUAUUCUCUCUCAUCCGACUUAGGCCUGGGACCCCCACUGCCAGGCUAGGCCCCAGUUUGCCCAGCCAAGGGGCUACCCAGGCCCCCAGAAAAUACUUGGAGCCAUCGGGCAGUGAUGGUCUGUGCCAUGAGGCUCCUCAUUGGUACAGCCAAACUGCCCCCAUUCCUGUCCACCCUUCUUCCCUCCAUGUUCUGUCCAUGUGCUUCCAAGUCCCCAUUGCCCCCAGGAGGACCUGUCUUGGCCAAAGCCCCAAACAGCUGGGGAGAAGCCAAUUGCCACUUGACAAAAGACUGUCCAUUCAUCCCACUGGCCAAGAGUCAGCGCUCCUCUGGGAUGUAUAGGACUGGUACGUGUCCUCACGUACCACAUUGUCAAAGCUUCCUGCUCUGUGACUUGUGUAGAAAUGGAGAGAUGGGGGGAGUCCUCACACACUAGAUAAUGUAUGGGAGACCCAUCAGACAUCUAGGUGCCGUGUGUCUUGAGAUCGCAUGUGUAUGUGUUUGCUCUGUGUUACAGGCUGUUUAUCUGAUGUACCUCGUGUCUGUGUUUGUGGGACAUAGUAUACCUGAGUUUCAGUUAUGUUCUCAGUAUGUGCUAGCCAUCUCACGUGUUUAAAGAUUGCAUGUGUUAGCUUGUAUAUGCAUGUACUUUCAAAAUGGCAUGUGUGUCAAGAGUGACAGGUUACAUGUUAGCCGCAGACAUGUGUGUUUGAGAGAACUGUCAUGUGGGCUAAGACUGGUGUUCAUGUGUGUGGGUCUAAAGCAAGCAGUUGUAUGCAUAAGUACAAGUUCUUGCUUGGAGAGCAAGAACCAGACUAAGAUGCUUCCUCCCAACCCUGAGACUGUUAGUCACAGAUGGCCACCUCUGACAGGAGACCUUACCUUGGCCUAGAGUCCUCCCACCCUUGGGGGUUUCCUACCUGAGGUCCUCAGAAUGCUACUGGGACAGACCCAGGCAGUACCCCAGGAAGCCAUGCUGGGCCCCUACCAGGGCCUAUCCCAAAAGCAGGGGCCCAGGAGGGGGCGACUUGCCCACCCCUGAAGCCUUUGUCCCACUGGCCCCAGUUUGCAUUCUGCAGGUUUUCCAUUUUAGUGGACUUAUGUUUUUAUUUCGGAGAAGACAGACGUCUUCCCUGUCCGUUUCCAAUAGUUAAAGCCAUAUCAGUUAGACCGCAAUACUUUAAAGAUGAGACAAAACAAUCCGUAUGUGUAGGGAACCAGAAAAGUCCCCUGGUCUCUCCCUCUCUAAGGAGCAGGGCCUCGGCAGCUCCAGCUCCCGGGACUUACCCUCCCCCCCACCCUACCCUCUUGGGCCCCUGUGUCAUCCCACAGGGGGCCAGUGUUUGUGUCUAUGUCUGUGGUGGGGAGCCAUCUUGCACCCCUAUUGUCUGCUUGUUUCUGUUUUUUUAUCCUGAGCAGGAUGGUCAUUCUCAAGAGCCUUGGGGUCCUGGGCCAGAGACAGGCAGGGACCAGUCCAGGGGCCCCGGGCCUCCCUAGACCCUGAGUGUGACACCCACCUACCCCCUCACUUGAAGGUAGGGAAGGACACUAGUGUUAAGAAAGAACUAACCUUUAACAGGGGCUCUUAGACCUCAAAGGUAAUGGCACAGUACAGAGCACCAGAUAGGGUAGUGGAGAACAAGACUCGGGGGGCUGCAAAUAGGCAAGGAAGCCCAGCCAUGCAAGAACCCACAUGGACCCAAGAGACUCCAGACCCUUCAACUGAAGUCCUUGGCAGUUUCCAUGGCUCCUCUGCGCCCACAGUGGGAUCAGGGCUUUUCAGCCCCACUCAGUGCCCUUCAGGCUAGGCUGGCUUAGUCUAGAUUUAUGACUCCUUUCUGUCCCCCAGCAACAGAUCCUGAGGUCCUUUGAAGGUGGCGGCAAGAGAAUUUCUACUCGGUACAUACCUGGUUCCACCCACACAAAGCCCAGGGAGAUAUAAUGAUUGAUAUUUCUGGCACAGCCUGGGCUAUAGGGAGAAAACAAUUGGCCACCCUGGAAGGAUGCUAUGUACCACACAUUCAUAGGAGGACAGAACUUGGGUGCUUGAGCAUUGGAAAGGAUGUUCAAUCGAUGUGCCUAGAGUAGGAGGGGUGUGUGUUCCACAGAAUGGGCAGACGAAUAGAUCAUGCAGAAGUGCAGUGUGCAAACGGCAUGCUGAAAAGAGGAGACAUGUGACACACAUAUGCAUACACAUAUACAUGCAUACACAUACAUACACAUGCACACAUACACAUGCAUACACAUACAUACACAUGCAUACACAUGCAUACUCAUACACACAUACAUACACAUACACACAUACAUAUACAUACAUACAUGCAUGCAUACACACACAUACACACACAGCAUGGAUGAUGGCUGGAGAUGGAAUGAGGCACAUCACUGACAGACAUGUGCACUCUUUAGAAAGGUCAUCAGACUCCUGCACCUGGAAAUCACCACUAGCAAGAAGAAAGGGGGCUUCUCUGGGCCUCUAUGGAGAUGACACGGGAUAUCCAGAGUACAUGUCCUCCAUUUGAGCUCCAAAGCACCAGAAAAUGAGUCCUUAGUGGCGAAACUUCACGGUGCUUCCUGUGGAAGUAAGAGCGCCCUCUAUAGGCCAUCCCAGGUAAAUGAGAGUAGAAGAGACAAGCUCAGAAACCCCUCACACACGGCACAGCUGGUGAGCAUCCUAAAGGCUUGUGUCUAGGCUAAGCGUGGCAUGGGGUUUCCAUGAAGCUAGCAGAGUUGCCCACCCACAGCUCGGCCUCCAUCUUCCUAUGGUUUGGCUAGCUUGACCUCACUGGGAGGCCUGGGGCUCAGACUGGCUCCCAUGGGGGGUGUCUCCCAGCAAAUGUCCCCUGCUCUAGUCCCCAUUCCUGUUAUCCUGCCCUUCUCACCAGGGAGAGACCCGAGGUGCUCCUGCUGGCCCCCGGGAUGGAGGUGGGAAGUCCCACUGAGACCCAGGUGAGAUGGACCAUCCUAUUCAUGUAGGGGAACCUCUUUCCCACAACUGUGCUGUGUCCUUGUUGCUCUGCUUCCUUUAAAUGUGUCAGUCUCUGGGGGAAGGGAGGGCCACGCCCCCCACACCCCCCUUGAACCUGACCAAAAGCCAUGGCCGUGCUCCCCACUUUGUAUGACGCAAAUGCUAAGAUGAUGUACAAAACCAACCAAGAUGACAAAGAAAAAGACCUUGUACAGCA